AUAAAUCAUUUUGAAAUAUUGAUAUUUUGAUACUCUAGAAAAAUCAUUGGUAUAUAAUAUAUUAGUCCCAAAUAUGUUAUGAACCAAACUAGCACGAUUUUAAAAUCGCGAUAUAUUUAAAACAGACGAUAGUUAUCGAGAAUGUAACCUAAAUAAAAAGAAGACAAAGAAGAAGGUGUAGUAACAAGCAGAAAAUAUGCAAGAAGAAGAGAAUGAAUCGUUGAUGAGGUACCUAAAGAAAGAGGUUGAGGCUUGUUUGAUGAGAAAUGAUUCAUUGGAGAAAGAAAAUGAAGAAUUAAGACAGCAAGUAGUCCGUCUAAAGGCACAGAUAACUUGUCUGAAAGCACAUGAUACCGAGAGAAAAUCCAUGCUCUGGAAGAAGCUGCACACCUCCAAUGACACCACAACAACUCAACCCGAUUUCACCAAACUCGCAUCAGAACCGCCAUCCAAACAAUCAGCCCCGCCGCCUCCACCUCUUCCAUCAAAGGCGCCAAUGGGGCCGAAAGCAGUGAGGCGCGUGCCAGAAGUUGUCGAAUUAUAUCGCUUGCUUACACGAAAAAACGGGAAGAAAGUGAAUUCUUCAGCUACUCCAGGAAGUGCAUUUACAUCGGAUAUGAUCGGGGAAAUGGAGAAGCGUUCGUCCCAUGUUUCAGCAGUUAAAUCAGACGUCGAGAAACGAAAGGAACUGAUUGAUCAUAUAAUUAAACAGGUGAAAUACGCAGCCUUCACCGAGAUAUCCCAAGUGGAGACGUUUGUGAAAUGGGUGGACGAUGAGCUACGUUGUCUGGUCGAUGAAAGGGCGGUAUUGAAGCAUUUUAAGGAAUGGCCGGAAGGAAAAGCCGACGCCCUAAGAGAAGCGGCUUUCAACUACCGGGACCUGGCGAACCUCAGCUCGGAUGUUUCGGCAUUUGAAGACAAUCCGAAGCAUUCUUCGAGCGAGGCUAUGGGGAAGAUGGAAGCACUGCAACAGAGGUUAGAAACUUGUGUUGAUGAUGCACAGAGGACAAGGGAGAGUAGGAUUAAAAAGUAUACGCAAUUUCAGAUCCCUUGUGAAUGGUUACUCGAUACAGGCCUCAUUUCUCAGAUAAAAUUAAGUUCGCUGAAGCUAGCCAAGCAGUACAUGAAGAGGAUAAUAAGUGGAAUCCAACUCAAAGAAUUCUCUGUUGACCGUAAAAAUAUACAACUUCAAGGAGCAAAAUUUGCUUAUCGCGUCCACCAAUUUGUAGGUGGUUUUGACGCUGAUACACUAAUUGUAUUUCAAGAACUGAAGAAGCUUGUUCACAUAGAAUAGCGCGGUAUGAAGAAUUAUUGGUUUAGUUACUAGUGAGCUACUAGUGUAAAUGCACGUCUUACACCGUUUUGCAAAAGAAUGAUCGAUUCACCCUCUUAAUUUCGCAUAAAAUAUUAAAAACGCAAUUUUAAGCAAAAACAUAUAAAAUAAUCCACAACUUUAAAUCCUUAAACUGUAAUUUGAAUGGAUGCAUAAAUUGAAGACAUAGUAGAGAUGCAUUUUUUUUAUGGUACAUUGGUAUCAAAAGUUAAACUUUUUGAAAAUCUACUCAAACUUUUCAAAAGUUAUAAAUAUAUUCCAAUAUAACCAAUUCACUUGAAAUUUAUUAAUUUUUUUAAAAUUGAUUUAAUUGUGUAUAUUUGGCAACUAAAUUAAUAAUUUUUUAAAAUUUGGAUAUAAAAAAAAAUUGUCGAUUGGAAUAUCACAUGGUUCAAGUAAAUUAUAAUUUCAUUUUGUUGUACCAAUUUGGCAUUGCCAUGUGGACACAAUUAAAUUUAUUUUGAAAAACUUGACAGAUUUUCAGCGAAUUGGCCGAAUUGUGGUAAAUUUACAAUUUUUAAAAUGUUUAGAUAAAUUUAUAAAAAAAUCAAAAAGUUUGGACAUUUUGACACUAAUAGGCAUAUUUCAUUGAGGGGCAUGAUCGGGGAGCUGUUGAGCAGUUGCCAUUUCUGUUUGCUUUCUUAUUCUCUAACAUUUGCUAUUUGAUGGAAGUUGUCCUUUUUGAAUUUGUUUAUUUCAUUUUGUGUGGGUUGCACCUAAGAGUAGUGGUAGUGGAAAGAAGAGAACAAGGGUCACUUAUCAUGCCUGUUUUUUAAUUGGGUUACACUAAUGAAUUGUUUUUAAAAUUUUAGAUGAUGUUAAAGAGAUGUUAAGUAACUUGAAUGAUUAAAAAUACACAUUUUUAAGAGAUUAUGAAUUUUGAGAAUUUUGAUUUUGAAUUAUAAGUUAUAUAAUUUUAAAUUUUAUAUUAGUUUAAUAAUUCAUGCUUUACACGUUUGAGAAAAUAAUAAUCGAGGGAUUUAUAUGAGCUAAAAUGUACAAGUUGUGGGUGUUUUGUUAUUUUUCUUUAAAAAUGGCGUUUUUGAUAUUAUAUGCAAAAUUAAGAGGGUGAAUUGAUCCUUUGCUCAAUUAGUUUUAGACAUGAGUGUAGUGUAAUUCAAAAGAGGUUAUAAAGUUGUAUAAAAUAUAUGUUUGUAAUGAAUUCUGAUUAAUCGAAAGAAUUUGUUAAAAAUAUAAAGUUUGAGUAGU